GAGCCGGCAAAGGAAAAGCGAAACCCGCGGUCCCCGCCGGUGACCGGGUGAAGGCGCCGCGCAGCUCUCCCGACGCCGGCGGUGCCCGGGCCUACCCUCGUGGACCUGCCGGGCUGAGCCCGGCGCGCCGCAGCCAUGGCCAUCGCCCACCUGGCCACCGAGUACGUGUUCUCAGACUUCUUGCUGAAGGAGCCCGCGGAGCCCAAGUUCAAGGGGCUGCGGCUGGAGCUGGCGGUGGACAAGAUGGUCACGUGCAUCGCCGUGGGACUACCCCUGCUGCUCAUCUCGCUGGCCUUCGCUCAGGAGAUCUCGAUCGGUACACAAAUAAGCUGUUUCUCUCCAAGUUCUUUCUCCUGGCGCCAGGCUGCCUUUGUGGACUCUUACUGCUGGGCGGCCGUGCAGCAGAAGGACGUCCUGCAGAGCGACUCUGGGAGCCUCCCCUUGUGGCUGCACAAGUUCUUCCCCUAUAUCCUGUUACUAGUUGCCAUCCUCUUGUACCUGCCCUCCUUGUUCUGGCGUUUCACAGCUGCUCCUCAUCUUUGCUCAGAUUUGAAGUUUAUCAUGGAAGAACUUGACAAAGUUUACAAUCGCGCAAUUAAAGCUGCAAAGAGUAUGUGUGACCACGACAUGAGAGAUGGGGCCUGCCCAGCAGCCUGUGCUCAUGAGAAUGGAGGGCAAAGUUUGUGGGAGAUAUCUGAAAGCUACUUCAAAUACCCAAUUGUAGAGCAGUAUUUGAAGACAAAGAAAAUCUCUACUAACCUGAUAAUCAAGUACCUCAGCUGCCGGGUGCUGACGCUGGUGAUUAUGCUGCUGGCCUGCAUCUACCUGGGCUAUUAUUUCAGCCUCUCCUCGCUCUCGGAUGAAUUCGUCUGCAGCAUCAAAUCAGGGAUCCUGAGAAAUGACAGCACUGUCCCCGACCAGUUUCAGUGCAAACUCAUCGCGGUCGGCAUCUUCCAGCUGCUCAGCUUCAUUAACCUCAGCGUCUACGCUCUGCUGACGCCUGUCGUCGUCUACACACUGUUUGUUCCAUUGCGACAGAAGACAGAUGUCCUCAAAGUCUACGAGAUUCUGCCCACGUUCGUUGUUCUGCAUUUUCAGUCGGAAGGCUACAAUGACUUGAGCCUCUACAAUCUUUUCUUGGAAGAGAAUGUGAGUGAACUCAAGUCCUACAAGUGUCUGAAGGUCCUGGAGAAUAUUAAAAGCAGCGGUCAGGGGAUUGACCCAAUGCUACUCCUGACCAACCUUGGCACGAUCAAGAUGGAUGUUGUUGACGGCAAAACCCUUAGGCCUGCAGGCACGGCGGGCGAGGGACAGGGGAGCCAGACGGCAGAGCUCAAAGAUUUGAAUGUACACAUUGACACUAAAGCAACUAAUGGAGAGAAGAAUGUUCGACAAAGACUUCUGGAUGAUUCUUCCUGCUGAUUUUUCUUCUUGAGCUUCAGAUCUGUGACUCCUGUCACAUGGGAUUCAUUUUUGCUAAAGCACUGCCACCCAGUUCACAACAGAUGGUUCUUAAUAGAAAUAUUGAGCAUGUCUUAUUGAGUCCCCAGUGGAAGUUGUUGUGGAAGACUGGUUUAUGAACUGCCUACAAGAAGCAACUCGGAGAUACGUAAACCAUAGCAAGCUUAUAUUUAUAAGUCCUCAUCAAGUGGGAAGUGGAAAGAGUAGUCAAAGUAAAAGAAGUAUAAGAGUUGUAGCCCUUUUAGAGCGGUAUAGAAACACAUUUCUGUACAGAAGUUUUGACGAAGCCUCGAGCUACUAGAAAGCAAGCUACUUUCAAGAGAUUUGUUUUAUGAAAUAAUUAUAAAAACAUCCGGAUCCAAUUUAAUAUGAAACUUCUGUGCCCAUAAUGAGUGUUGGACAAAAAAAAAAAAAAAAUUUCACUAACUGAGGACCCAUAAAUCGACUUGUUCUUGGCAGCGUUUAAAUAAUGCUGAUGCCUUGGUCCUGUACCUUCAGGCUCUCUUUUUGCACUUACAUGUCAACCUUGGCUAAUUGAAAUCCUUAACCACUACUUGUUGUGCCCUGCUUGAAGGGCAGCAGGCCCAGGCACUGCUCUGGCUGAAAACUUAGUUAAUGAGAUAGAGGCUAAAGGCUCUUCAUUUCCCACCACAGUGACUUCAGUACAGGUAAGAACGCUUUAAAAAGAGCCUACUGGGGAAAUCUGAACACACAGAGCAGGGUAAAUCCAUCACUUUCAGGGGAUUUGUUUGUCUAUAGGGGUCUCCUCUGUUAUCAAAGGCGUUGAUAGAACAUAGGGCUAUUUAAAGGGAGGGACACCUCUACAUAGUAGAGGGUGCAAAAAUCACAUCCACCAUUUGGAGUGCUUAGAGGCAGAACAAGUUAGCAUUUAUUUUAUCUGUAUCUAAGUACAACUUUUAAAAACUCAUUUUAAUAUAGCAUCAUACAGUUUCAGAAUUGAGGCCACUUGAGAGGAACAGACUAGCAUUGAUUGAGAAUUAUAGAAUAAAUAUUACAAAUUGGUGGAUAAAUUAAACCCCAAAUAUCAUUUCAUAAACUUUUAAGGCCAAAUAAGGAUAUGUUAAAAACCUUCCUGAAUUGUGACUCUGUGAAUAGAUAAAAUUCUUUAAAAUUAUAUCUGUGGCCAUUCCUGUUUUUAUUCUUUGCAACUUAACACAUUACUAAAGUGAAAAAUCCUCAGGAACCUCAAAGUUUACUUUUUCUGAUGGAGCAGUUGUUUAUAUAAUUGAAUUCUUCUUUCUGAAGAACAAAAAAUAUACAGACUGACGUCUGCCUUUCAAAAUAUUCAGAAAAUCAGAUUUUAUUUUUGCUUCUGUGACCAUUUGAGAUAGAAUGCCAACGAUAAAUAUCAAGGAUGCAUUCUUAUUCUCUAUGCUUGGUAUUUAUUACUGUUGAAUUAUAAUGUGACGGAGAAAUGACAGUAACAAAAUUGCUGAUUUUGCUGUGUUUUUCUACCACUAGUUCUGAGAUGUUCCAUCACGAUUCUCUUUUAUAAUCUAAAACAAGUCAUGAAAUGAAUUUUUUAGAAUAUUAUCUUUUUUUAAAAAAAAAAGCCUUACCUUUUCUAUAGACUGCCCCUAAUUUGUAUUUUCAAACAGUAAAAGUGGAUACAUUAUUUUAGGAGGCCGGAACUUCUCGAAGCCCCAUCACAUAUGAUUCUUUCAUCAGGGUUCAAAUAAUUGCAGUCCCUGACGUCUGUUUCAUUUUCCCAUCCCACUCUCUGAGCUCCUUUAGGGGCUGUGAUGUCCCCGCAUCAUGCUAGUCAUUGGCUGUGUAGAUGUGAAUGAGGAAGUUCCCCAUCUUUAAGGUGAUCAGGGUACAGUAAAAGGAGACAGACAGCUACUCAGAAGGGGAAGGAUAGCUACAAUAAAGUCCCUGCCAAAAACUCCCAGCAAAUGCUCUGUUCCUGGGAGGCGCCACAUUAUUUUUUGUUUUUUUUUUGUUUUUUGUUUUUUGUUUUUAUUUCUCAUAUAUUUUCUGUAGCUGAUGGUGUUGAGAGUCUGGUUAUGGGGUUUUCCAGAGUCUGAUGAUCCUCUUAAAGUUCUUUAGCCAUAAAUCCUCCAGGUUCAAGCAAAACAACAUAGACAGUGGUUUUGAAGCAAGAGCACCUGUGGCCUUUUGUACAUUACCUUUCAGGGGAUGGGGAGGUGGAGUUGCCGGUGAACAACUCUAGUUGUUCUAAAGGCUGCUGUGGACACCUGGCCAUACAGUUCAGCUUGGAAAAAAGCAUUAGGAAUGUUAACUCAUUCGUCCGCUGGUGAGUUGUUGGCUUGAAGGACUGCUUUUGAGGAGCCGAUUUCCUGAAGAAGUCUCAUUCCUGGCUUCAUAAAAGGGGACAGACAUCCUGAGUGAUCACCCCAGGGUUACUCACUUAGUUUCCAGUUCACGUCUCCCUGCCAAAGCAUCUUAAGGCUGCUGAUUCUGGCUCGUAACAACAGUGGGGAUUGGAUACAUCAUUCUGAAAGCAGUGUUCUGGCAACAUGUUUAAUUUUUAUCCAGGAACAGACAGAGACCCUCUGAUGCAGAGGUGCCUGAACGUUGGGAGGUCACAGAACCGCUUAUCAGAUACACACAUCUUAAAUGCACCUCCAGAGGAUGCUGCAGUCCCGGCAUCCCCGGUUAAGCAGCUGUGCUCUAACAGCUAACGAUCUUGGAGCACAGCAGAGAAGGGGCACUCCCUGGCCCUGGUGAAGAGCUCCCUCCUCCAGCAAGAAGACUUGGCUGUAUGUUGCAUAUUUGCUUAAUUAAGCCAUGCUUGCUCCCUUUUUGAGUGCACUGUACCUCUUGAGUAAUGGCCUUCAUUUUCCCAAGUCAGACUGAACAAGGUCAGCAGGAGAGCGGACAGCCGUGGCGUGCAGUGCCCAGGCAGCCUGCAGUGACUGCUGUCCUCUCCCUGACCGCAAGGCCUUGUCUCCUUCCAGAAACAAAUAGUUGUUCAGCCUCACUGGAAUGUGAGGAGGAUGGGCAUAAUAAAGUUUGUCAGAUGCUUUGUCCUACUUCGUAGCUGUACCUUGAGAAAGCUAAAAACGUCUGAAAUGUAGAGAGUAUUGUUUGCACACUUAAGUUUCAUCGCUGUUGACUGAAUAUCCUCUUCUGUCCAAGGGGCCUCUGGAGUCCUUGUUCCUGAGAAUUAGGGAGAUUGUUAUACACCUUGUUUACUGUGUUUGUUGUUUGGCUUUUUUGCUUAUGUCCAGUCCAGGGGUAAACAGAAGAUCUAAGACGAUGGGAAAUUUUUUAUCCGCUGCUGUAUCUCAAGCUCCAGAAACAGAGACUGGUAUGUAAUAGGCAUUCCAAAAACAUUUGUUGAAUGAACAAAUGAACGAAUGAACAAUUAGCAUAAAUCCUAUUUUGUUGGCAACACUGAUUUGAUUUUCAAAGACAAAUGGUUCUCUUCAGGGAGGGGAUGGCAAGGGGGGGUGGUCUGGCUACCUGGUAGAGAAAGGAAUAGUUCUACCAAUGAAUAGCUUUCUACAUGAAAGCAGCAACCAUCCUUAGCUUUUUAUUGUGAAGUAAGUCGUGACCACUUUGCAAAUUCAGUACAAGUUCAGUGUUGACUCACAAUGAUUAGGGAAAUUGAAGUUUUAAAGGUCCUGGGCUUAUAGAUGUUCACAGCGUAAACUCUUGAAAAGGGGUGUUGAUUGAAAUGUGCAAUUACCAGUAAUUGAGGUUUCAUUUGAGGGUAUUAAGAGUAAGUGGCUCCUUCUGGGCAGCCCUUGGUGUUUUGCCCGUACUUUUCACAAGUAAAGUGAAAUCUUUUAAAAAGAUUGACAAAGAUGAUAUUGUGUGGCAUGUGGAAUAUAAUAGAUGUUAAUUCAUGAUUGGUUUGACCUGUCAUGCUUUAAACAAAGUGUUUCUCAGUUCUCCUCUUAGAUUUAAAAAUACUUUGUCACUUAAAGCAUGGGGCUUGAUCAGUAAUUGUUCUUCAGGUUUGUCAAAGUGAUUAAAGUGUCUCACGCCUCAAGUGCUUUCCCCUGCCCACCCCACCGCAGGAGGAAUAUCUUUGUGGAAUCUACAGUGUUAACACAGGAUCCCUAAGGAAAACUGAAACCAUCAGCAGCUCCUCUUUAACAAGCUGCUUUUUAAAAGCAUCAUAAUCACAAUUUAAUGGUAUUUUGUGAAGUGGUGCUCUAGGUGUAAUUUAAAUUCUUUUUAAUGACUAAAUUUCUUCAAAAGCUUUUAAAGAAAAACAUGUAUGUUCUUUUUUUGCUGUCAUUUGGUAAGAAUGCUGCCAGCAGAUGAAAAUAAAAAUUAAGACCAUCUUGUUUCCUGUUCCACAAAGAUCUGAGGAUGGGAACAAAUUAACGGCAACAGAAAAUGAUCCUUUAUAAAAAUGCAAGACUCUCAAGAGCUCUGCAUUUUGGUGACUAGCAUUACUAUAUUUCAUAUUUCCAAAUAAGCCACUCGGCCAAGCUCUGCAUUCUGAUCAUGCUGACUUUCAUUUAAAGAAGGCUGAAAGGCUGAAAAUUAAGGCUGCUGUGUCUAUAAGUUAAAGGUGAAACAAUGUUAUAGUUCUGCACUGUUGUGUCCACCUAAAUAAAGCUUCUCUUAGUAAUGAAAA